AUGCCGCGCCGAGUGGUAGAUCGAUACUUCCCUAAUAUACGCCAACAUGUGCGCACGAAGGCCAAAGUCAUCGCCAGUAGAGCCCGUCGAGCAACUGAGAUUGCGCAAGGCUGGAAAUCGACCGGUACCUUCCCAUUUGGCCGCUUACCCAGAGAACUCCGCGACUGCAUCUAUACCUACGCAUUAGGCCCACUGCCUACUAUCUUCAAGACCAAGGGUCUAAUUGUCCAGGCCACACACAAGGUUCGGCUGUUCGAAGACGAUGGCAACGACGACCAUUUCGACAUCCGCUACGACGAUAUCCUCCCCGCGUUCAAUUGGGGCAUCCCAAAGUGGGUCCUCACCAGCAAGCAAAUCUGCUCGGAAGCCCUCUCCUGUUUCAGCUCCUCGCGCACAUUCAACGCAGUCGAUAUCAACCGUGUUUGUCAGUUUCAGGGUGAAUGUGACAUCAUUGCAUCCCUCCACGACUCUUUUACCACCCCACUCGUCUUCAACAGCGAAGUGCUCCGCAAUAUCACCAUUGUAAGGGAAUACGACCAAUAUAUGGGAAUAGAAGACGAGUUCAUGGCCAUCCUCAACCGCGCACAUGUGAAAGAUGUGACUAUGGAAUUGGAAUGGCAAGUAUCUCGUUUUCGAGAUUCAGAGGACUGGGAAGAACACUUGGACGCUUGGAUCGCCGAAUGGCACACCAAGCAGUGGGACGGCAGUCUGCGAAAGGUCAAGAUCACUAUACCUACCAACUGGACCUCCAAGAACCCGAUCUUUGAUACUGUCAGGUUCGAGCAAGUGGAAGCGCUGGCACGAAGGCUUGUGGGACAGGAUGGAAUCGCGACGUGGGGUGACUUCCACUACGGGGGCAAGUUUUCGCUCCUGGGGCGCAAAGUGGCCUCGCGCGAUAUGUUCAAGAGAAGUUUGGUCGUUGAAAGGGAUAAUUAG